CCGCCUCCAAGAAGGGUAGAGCCCUAAAUUUGCGUUUGAAAGUUGCAGUAGCUCGUUUUCCAGAUUGCUGUGUGCUAUUUUUCGCUAGCUUGGAGUUGAUUCGAAUAUGAAAUCGGUUGCAAUUACUAGCUCCGGAUCGGAGAAAAUUCAUUUGCUCCAGUACUCAUUUGCUUUUGCUCAAUCGUAAUGUUACUAUUGCCGUCGUUCGACCCUUCUCGUCCGUUAAUGCAGCAACAUUGUUAUGUGAUAAACAAAAUGGAAAAGAGGACAAGCGCUCUGUUACAAUAUCAUACCUUGUGCAGUCAUGUGGAUUGUCUCUAGAAUCUGCGCGAUCGAUCUCGCUCAGGUUUAAUCUUCGUGAUCCUGAGAAGGCAGAUUCAAUCCUCAAUUUUCUCAAAACCUAUGGCUUCACCAUAUCGCAAAUUACCAAAGUUGUUAGGUCAUUUCCAGAUGUUCUUUCAGUCAAUGUUGAGAGCAUCCUGAUGCCCAAACUUGAGUUUUUGGCUUCUAUUGGGUUGUCCAAAGUUGAUCUUCUAAAGAUGAUAUCUUCACACCCCAAAAUGUUGUCUCGUAGCUUGAACCAGAAGCUAAUCCCUCAAUAUAAUUACUUGAAGAGUAUACUUUCUCGUGAUGAUGUUGUUAAAGUUGUGAACCGAUCGUCCUGGAUUUUGAGCCAGAUGGAUGUUCCUUCCAAGGUUUUACUCUUGAGAAGGGUGGGAGUACCACAAUCUCACAUUCCACAGUUGUUAACGUAUUCUCCCAAAUUGUUUUCUUUGUCAAUUGCUAAGUUUGAGAUGAAUGUCAAGGAGGUUAUGUGUAUGGGAUUCGACACUUCGUCUAAGCAGUUUAGCAAAGCAUUCAUGGUCUUUAGUCAGAUGAAGAAAUCGACUUGGGAGGGCAAAAUAAACUUGUAUAAGAGAUUGGGUUGGACAGAUGACGAUAUCAUGUUGGCUUUCAAGAAAACACCUUCAAUUUUGGCUUUUUCAGAGGAGAGAAUCAUGAACAAGAUGGAUUUUCUUGUGAACAAGAUGGGUUGGAAGUCAGGAAAUGUUGCCAGAGUUCCAGUUGUUUUAAAUUUUAGUUUGGAGGAUUCAAUCAUCCCGAGGUGUUCUGUCAUAAAAGUCUUGAAAUGUAAGGGAUUGAUUAAGAGAGCAAUUUCGUUGUCUGUUGUGUCUUCCCCCAGCAAAUACUUCUUUGAUACUUAUGUGGUUAAGUAUCUAAACCAAGUGCCUCAGUUAUCAAGUAUCUUUCAAGGAAAAACCACCUUGCAGGACUUAGGGAUGAGCUUUGAUGAAAAGCCGCAAACAAUAGAAAGUUAGUAGCUUGCAGCAUGUCAACUGCACAUGAAUGAUUUUCAAUCUCGAAAGCCAUCUUGUUUACAGAGCUCACCUGCUCCAUUUGCACGAGCUUUGUUUUGUAUUAAGCUCUCGAUUGAAUUGAAGGAGGUCUAUAACUCAGUUAAAUUGCAUUUUGAUACAUAGUAUGUGUGGUGAUUUUCGAUCCCUAUAAUGUAUGGAGGAUGAUCACAUCUUGUCAAUUUGGAGAAAAAAGGGUUAUUUCUUCCCUGAACGUUGUGAUCAAUAAUGCAUUGGUUUAUGGAAAAGAUUUCAAGUUCGGGGUAGAAAGAGUUUGGAGCCAUUGAUGCUGUAGGAGAAGAGUAAUGAAUAAUAUGAUUAUGUUGAUUGCAAACAAAUGUUUAUCCUUCCUAAAGAUCUGAUAUUAGGUAGAUUAGUGAAGCCAGUGGCCGGAAUCAGGAUUUUUGGAUAGGAGGGAAAAGAAGAAUAAAA